UGGAUCGCUACACCAAUAAGGUUCAAGAUAGAGUUCACGACCUUGGCCCGACCUUGCGCUCCUUGUGAGGAGCAACCGCCUUCUAAAUAUUACCCUCUUUUCCUUCUUCCUCUUUCACAAUCAUUUUCCUUCUUAGUAUUGGCAGUGUGGUUCAUGCGAUCUCACGUCUGGACCCGUCCACCCUAUAACGCCAGUGCCACUGAAUCGCUAUGGGAAGGCGAGCUACUUGCAUCAUCUAUCGAGCUGGAGCUGAUUAUGGUGCUGAUGAUGAUGCUUCUGUUUCUUGUCGACGGCGAUUCUGCUCUCGCCGCUGUCUGGCUUGAUGAUAUAAUGGGCUGCAAUUAGUUCCCACCAUCCAAUAAGAAGACACGCUCUCAACCUACACAAACCAGCCUCGGUGGAUGAAGCUCAGGAGGAGCUGGAGCUGGAACUGCGGCUGCAGAGGCAGGAGAAAUUUGGCGUUGCAUGGAAAAUUUACGCGAACCCACCGCUGUGGUGUGCACCGGGGUGCGAUGGGAUAGCGGGAGGCGCUGGAGUAACAUCUAGUACCAGACAGCGAGCAUUAAAUUGCUGGCUUUGGGCAUGAAAUUCAAUGCAAUUAGACAAGGAAGAACCUACAAGGGAUGUUGAUGGACGGGGCAAAAAAGCGAG